ACUCCACUUCCCUCACAGAGAGUAGAGUAAGCAGCGGGCUGUGGGCAGGCAGCAGCGCAGGGACGGACUGCCGGUGAAGGCGGCGGCUUGUGUUACUGUUGUGAAAACAAGUGUGAAGGCGUGUGAUUCAUUAUGCGGCGAGGGGAGCCCGCUCCACAGGCUUUCCAAGCCCCGGUGGACGUCCACGCCAGCGCAGACGGUCAGGUGUAUCUGUUCAAGGGGAGACAGAAUGACUCCUCUGUAUCCUCAGACGACGAGGAGUUCAACGUCAUGGAGAUGAGACCGUUGGUUUCUCGAGAGCAGGAGCGAGACAGACUGAAGAAUGUCCAGCUGCUGGAGCGGAAGGUGGAGGAUGGCGACAAUCUCAACAAGCUCGCACUGCAAUAUGGCUGCAAGGUUGCAGAUAUUAAGCGGGUGAACAACCUUAUGCAGGAGCAAGAUUUAUUCGCACUGACAUCCAUCAAAAUACCGGUACAGAAACACAGCGUUUUAACAGAGACUUACACUGACAAAAAUGAAGAAGAGAUGCCACACGCGUCUGAUUCCCCAGUAAAGACUCUAGACAGAGCCAGAAACCAACCACAUGCACAGGAGGUCACAGACUUUCUCAUGGAGGUGGAUAAUGACAUUGAGAAACUCAUUCAGACUUCGAACGAUCAAGAUGAGGACAUGUUGUGUAACUCAGAGAAAGAGCAACGGUUUGGUUUCAGAGGACGGGGCCUGACCAGUCACGGUGCCGACUGGGGAAUCCAGUGGUGGAACGCUGUGGUUGCCAUGCUCCUGAUAGGCAUCAUCCUGCCAUUAUUUUACGUCAUUUAUUUCAAGACGAAAGAUAAUGGAGUCGUUCCACCAACAAAUGGUAGUGGCACUUUAGAGUCGUCCAUCACCUCUUCAAACAACUCAGGGAUGGGGCUCAGCACAAAAGGACUUAAGCAUUUUCAAGAACCAGCAUAGUGAAGACUAGAGUCUCAGACAACCAGAAACAUUUUAAGACUGUUGGUGACGAUCAAAAAAAGAGCCUUAUCUAUCAUUGAUUUAGCGCAGUGAAAUAUCAGCUUUUAUCAAGUUAAAAAGAGUGAAUUUUACCUUUUUAUUAUGGUGUAACUGAAGAUGGGUGAAGACGCUGGAAUCGUUACAUUGGAGUGAAGUUGCUCCAAGUUGUUUUCAUCCUACAUCCACACAACUACAUUUUCGUUUGAAAAUGCAUCAACUCUGCUACGGAUACGUUUAGAGCGGGUACAAUUUGGAAACGCUGCUGGUCCCGUUUUAGUUUGAAAACUCAGGGGCUGCGUUGAUGAAGAUGAAGAAACGUAGAUGAUUGGAAACGAAGUCGUAGACACUCAUGACCGCCUGCCGAUUGGGUGUCUUUGGUCAUAACGUAGCUUUUGCUGAUUUGUUUUGCUCCCAUCACAUGACCCCCUUCCGGAGGAAAACAACCGGCAUUAGCCUUGACUAACAGGAACCGAGCUAUUAUGCAGCGUUACUUAUACCUCGGAGGUCCGCCCUCAGAAGGACGUCAUAUCCGAAUAACCCAAAUUGUGAUCGAUCCAGUUGCACAGGCUCAGUGUUUAUGUUUGCCAGCUAGCCAUUGUUAGCGAAAAACUUUCAUAAUAACACAUUACGUGGCAUUUUACGCAUACUAACACCGUAGUAACACAUCCACAGUCAGUAAUUGGACAAUACUAGGUGUACGACAAAUUUAAUGAAUAAUAUAGAAGUGCUAAUAAACAGCAUAAACUAAACCUUUCACUAAUGUUAAUACACAAAGCGGCCAUCUUGUAUUUCUAAGUCGGGGAGGUGAGUUUUCUCCGACCUUCCGAGUCGAAACUUCAACUUGAGGGGUUGUUCCAGUUGCAACUUUCGACCCAGGCAUUAUUCUAGCAGCCUCAUUUUUGUGACGAUGCAGGGCAGCAGCAUUUCAUCAAACAGCUUCUAUAGAGAACAGUUUUCUGAUUCUUUGCCUUGACAAACUCUUCAUGUUGGUUGGGAUCUCAGUUUUCUCAGGUGUUUUGCUAAAUUUGAGUUAUGAAAUGUGUCUUGAAGCUCCUCCACAUGACUCAAUCUAAACAUUGUAUGGAAAACAUUAUGAGAGAAUAAAUCCACACUGUAGUUGUAUCUCUUUCUGCGUUAUCACAAGCUGCCUUUCCACCACUGUGUGUUAAAUGUCAUAUCAGCGUCAGAUAUCAGGCGAAAAUGUGAUAUCUGUCGUGGCAGAGUAAUAUAUUUUUAAACUGAUCAAAUGGGAGAUUUAUUUUAUAUUUUAUAACGGUGUUCCCCUGUUGCCAAAACUGUGUGAGGUUAUGUUGUAUUUGACCUGGGUGUGAGCGUCGUGUGUGUGCCUCUUUUUGGUCUAACUUAUUUUCAAUGUGUCAAGUUUUUAUUGUUUAGUUAUGACAAUGCACCCUGUGCCUUAUCUCUGAGUCUGAUGAUGCCAAACGUGUGUUUACAGUAAUAAUUAUUUGGUUUUGACUAUGUGUUCAUUUCACAUCAACUUUUAAAAUACAAGGUGUUGUAUUUUGAAAAUGACUUACUCUUGUGAGUGUCUUAAACCUUUAUUGUUAUAUUUAAAUUGCACGCUCCUGUCAUUCAUUGUCUGAUGGGAAUUCAAGUCCAUUGUGAACAGGUUGUGAAUUCUAAGUCUAAAUUAUUAUUUUAUUUUAACAAAACAGGUGAAGGAUUUUCAUUAACGUAUUUCAAUAACAUUUGAGUUCCAUUGUCUUUGGAAGAGUUGACACAAUGGAUGUGCACGACUCUUUUCAUGAGCGUGUCUCUAUUUAAUAGAAACUUGGAGUCCGUUUACAGCAACAGCACAAACAGCAGCUUUCAAACUGAUCACAGUAAAAUCAGCAGGUCUAUGAACAUUAUAAAUUAUGAAGGGAAAUUUAUUGCAGAACUGUUGAAUGAGAUUGCAUUAGUUUUAGUUAGGUUGUUCCUAAUAAACUGGUCAUUGUAUGCAGUAA